AACCUGACUGUAAGAUGCAUUUCAACCAACAACCCUGCAAUCAGAACCAUCCAAUGGGGAUAGACUGAGUGGGUUCUGCACCUUUGGCCCCACCUGACACCUUUCUCUAAAGGAUGGUAGGAUGGGAGUGUAGGGGGCUUCCAUUAAGAAAUAUGUGCCCAGUACCUGUGAGAUCAGGUCCAGGGGCCGGUCAAUAAUACGGACAUCAAAAACACAAAUUUAAAGGACAAAAAAAAACGAGAAUAGAAAAUAAUUCAUAUUAAAAGAUCAUGAUGGAUAUUAUUAUGAGAACAUAAUAUUCCAUAUUCAUUACUUUGUGUGUGGAUUAAGCAACAGAGAUGCAAUGUAAAAGAUAGAUGUAGUGAUAGGUGGAUUUUUUAAGACAGAGCCAUGCUAGCUUCCCUCUGCCUCUGGUCUUUAUGCUAAGCUAAGGUGGCUCUAGCGUCAUGAGGCCCACAGACAUAAAACUGGAGUCACUUUAUUUGAGUAUUUCCAUCUUAUACUGCUUUAUAAUUCAACUCCCACUACAUUUCAGAGAGAAAUGUACUUUUUACUCAACUUAUUUGAAAACUUGCAGUUACAAUGCAGUUGCAGAUUAAUAAUACAAAAUGUAACCACCAUACAAAUUAGGGGGUGUUAAUGGCUAAAGAUAAUGCUUUAUGGAUCCCUGGGGGGAAUUCACAAGCCUCCUGGCAAUAUUGUAAAAAAAUAAGACCCACUUUUGUGAGCUGCAAGAUUAAAUUGAUGAAUACAUUAAUUCAGUGAUAUGUAAUAAUCUAAAGAUAGAUCAGAAUGCAUUUUUGUGCUGUAAGUACAUUUGUAUGCUAAUGUUGUACUUUUACUUAAGGUUUUUAUUGAAGGACUUUUUUUUACUAUCUGAGUACUUCUUCCAGCUGAGCUUUGAAACUUGCAGACAGGAAACAUAGUAUAUGCCUGUUUUCCAAAGGGUUAAAUCCUCAACUGUUUUUGCUACUGAGUCCGGGUCUUGGAUUAGGUCGGUCCGUUAAUAUCCAACACCACCCUUUGAAGCCGGUGACAUCGAAUGUAUCCAGCAAGCUAUUGUUAGAUGAACAGAACCGCCAAUGUAAAAAUGUUCCAGUUGUAUUUUGAAGGCGGAAAUUAAAACUGUGUAAACACCGGUCGACUUGACACCACUCAGCACGGACGAUUUCUCUAGAAUCGCGUGGUGUUGCGUGGAGUGCCCGGAAGAUAUAAAUGAACGCCCCAUUCUUCCUGAAUCAUAUGUUCAUAACCGAGACAGUCAGGACAUAUUCUAUUAUAUAUUAUACCAUUCCGCACGAACAGUCUAUAAACAACGAGGACAAAACAGCCACAACAUGGCCCAGUGGCAGGACCUGCUGAAGCUGGACUCAGUCCUCCAGGCCCGAGUGAGCCAGCUGUACGAGAGGAAGUUCCCCAGAGAGAUCCGCCAAUGUCUGUGCGUCCCCAUAGAGAGCCAGGACUGGGAUUCGGCAGCUGUGGAUGAAAACAAAGCAAGCAUUUGUUUCCAUGUACUCCUGGAGUAUUUGGAAGACCUGCGGAACUGUUCUGUUCAGGAGAACAACAUCUUGCAGGGACCUAAUUUUUCAGGGAUGAAAGACUACUUGCUGAAACACUUUGAAGAUAAGCCUCUGAACUUGGCCGUAAUCCUGUCUGAAAGCCUAAAGGAGGAAAAUAAAAUCCUGGCUUUAGCCUCUGAAGCACAGGGUUGCAGCAGUCUAGCCAUGAAUCAAACAUGGAAAGAGUUGGACAACAAUGUCAAUGAACUGAAAAAACAGACUUCGGAGGUGAAGAAGGAAAUGAUGUUACUGGAGUUCUUAAAUGAAAACGUUGACUUCAUACAGAAGACCUGGCCAAGCCAAGUGGAGCAGCACAUUGGAUUGGCCAAGUCUCAUGCUGUUGUGGAAGAGGAAUGUCUUAAGCGGACCAACUUAAUCACACAAAAGAAGCAGAUGGUGCUGCAGCAGAUAUCGAACAUUUUGAACCUGGCACAGAAGAUUGUGGCCACUCUCACAGAUGUGGAGCUACCUGAGUGGAAGCGCAGGCAGCAGAUGGCCUGCAUUGGAAGUCCAGCUGACGCCUCUCUGGACCAUCUCCAGAAGUGGUUCACGACUGUGGCGGAGACGCUGCUGCAAGUACGCGAACAGCUGCAGAAAUUGCAAGACCAGAACAAGAAAUACAAGAGCGCUGAUGCCUCCAGCCUCACAGGUCCCAUGGCAGAAAUUGAGAAAUUCACGCUGUCCUUGUUAACAAAACUUCUUGCAAAUGCUCUAGUGGUUGAGAAACAACCUAUCAUGUCGAGUUUACCACAACGACCUCUAAUACUUAAGACCGGUGUGCGGUUCUCAGUGACGGUGAGGUUCUUGGCAAACCUCCCAGAGUUCAAGUACCUGCUCAAAGUCAAACCUGUAUUUGACAAAGAUGUUGAAGAAGCCAAGACACUUAAAGGGUUCCGUCAUUUUGACUUCAACAAGGACGACAGUAAGGUGUUGGACAUGGACUCGCUCUGUGGAGGCUUUGUGGCAGAAUUUGGUCACAUGUCACUCAAGGAACGCAAAGCAAGAACCAAAGGAUCACAUGUGAAUCAUCUGCUGGUCACUGAGGAACUCCACAUCAUUAAGUUUGUGACAGGGUUUCAGCACGCUGGGCUGGAAUUUAACAUCGAGGCCAGCUCUCUGCCUGUGGUUGUCAUCUCCAGCACCAAUCAGGGCGUCAAUGCCUGGGCCUCCGUCAUGUGGUACAACAUGCUGUCCGCCGGUGAACCGCCGAACCUGUCGUUGUUUGUCGACCCUCCUCCACUCAGCUGGCAGCAGCUCUCACAGGUUCUGAGCUGGCAGUUUAUGUCCGUUGGCCAACGAGAGCUCGAUGAAAACCAGCUCUCCAUGCUACGAGACAAAAUUUUGGAUGAUCCUGAUGGUCUGGUUCAAUGGAGCAAGUUCUCCAAGAAUGAAAAUGCCUGGAUUUGGAUUGAUGGAAUCCUGGAUUUGAUCAAAACACACUUGGUGAAUCAUUGGCGGGAUGGGUCCAUCAUGGGGUUCGUGAGCAGGGAGAGAACAAAGGUUCUGUUGCAGGAAAAACAGACCGGGACCUUUCUGCUACGCUUUAGCGAGAGCAACAAAGAAGGAGCCAUCUCCUUCAGCUGGGUUGACCACUGCAAUGAUGACGCCCAUGUACAUGCAGUAGAGCCCUACACCAAGAGUGAGCUGUCGGGCAAGGCUCUGCCGGACAUCAUUUACAACUACAGUCUGCGAGCCGAGAGAACGCACAGGAAUCCACUUAUCUACCUUUACCCAGACAUCCACAAAGACGCUGUUUUUGGACGCUACUACAACGCCCCUGAAACGCCGGCAACUAAAAAGAUCAAAGAUGACUACGUGAAGAGAAAUAACAUUCCUACCUCUGACAGUCCUACGCCACCUCCGUCUCCACCUAGGGAGAUGACUUUUAUGGACAUGGACAUGGAUAUGGACAUGGACACAGACAUAAAACUGGUGGAUUUACUCGACUUGCCUGAACUCCCCGACUUAUUUAUGUCUUUUCAAGAAGCAUCAACUGAGACCAACUUCGAGACCAACUUCGUCGAUUUUAAUUAAUUGCUCCUUCUGAAAAUGUGCUGGGUCAUUGUAUCAGAAUCAGACAGUUAUCACAAUGGGCAAAAUUAAUGAAAUACAUGGAAUGUUGAUUUUGCUAAAUGUAUAUAUUUUGCAAUGUUACAAAUUUUUAGGCAAGAGGUGGUUCUAAAAUAGUGUGUGAUGGUUUUCUACUGUACUGUUUAAAUGUGAUCUGCAAACUUUUCUACCUGGACAUGACCACUUUUUGAAUAUGUCUUUGAUUCAACAGAAGAUCCUGCUGUCGUGCGUAAAAACACCAAACUCUACUGUGGAUGUUCUUAACUUUUGUUUAUUAAAAUAAACAUAUCAUUCCAGUGCCAAGAGAAAUAACAUCUGCAUUUUACAGUACUGAACAACUUAUUUAUACAGAAGGACAAACACAGUCAGUGGCCUACUGUCUUGGCUGCUUGUUCUCAGUUUUUUCAGUCUUGAACCCCCCCCCCCCUACAUCUUCUGGUCAAAACACACAAGCUUGCACUACUAAAAGAUACCACGCUCUUUUAGAAAGCCGUUCAAUAUAAGAAAAAACAUUUCAUAAAAAAGUUUAAGAACA